CAGUUUAGUAUAAUAUUAUUAGAAAGAGAAAGUGUGUAUGACCUUCAUUUUAAGAUACGGAUAUAAGCAAGAUGCAGUAUUUCGUUAUUCUGAGUGUAUUUGGAAUUGUGUGGUGUACCAAUUAUCAUUUGAGAUUAAGACGAAGUACAACAUGUGCCAAAUCAUAUGACUGUACUACAACUGCACCUUGCUGUAGGGAUGCUAACAAUCGUACAAUUACUGCAGACCAGCAAAAACACUAUGUCCAUGUUCCAGGGGACUUAAGGGGAACUUGUUCAAAUGCACUUGGAAAGAAGGGUGAUAUUUGUGACUCUUCUUGUGGAUGUGAAUCAGGUUAUACAUGUUAUCGACCAAUGUCUGGACAUUGUUGUCCUCCAAGGAGAUGUUAUAAUUCCACGUGGGUAGAAGAGCGACAACUCUACUGGGCUAACUGUCAUCCACCAACAUGUCAUUAUCCUCAUUAA